CUCUGUCCGAUAAAAAUGGGAGCUUUAAUACUUCAAUCUAUCAUCAGUAAUGCGGUUUUUGAUAAGUUUUGAAGCUUUGAUUCUUACCCAUGAAUAAAUUUGCCACCAUUCCUUGUUCUGUUCGGUUAUUGUCAAUCGGUUCUUAUGUUGAACUCAUCGAAGCCAACAGUCGAGAUCGACUGCUUUGUGGAGGAAUAGUGCUUCAUGCUCAUUUAGUGACAUCUGGGAUUGCUCGCUUGACGAGAAUUGCUGCUAAGCUUGUAUCUUUUUAUGUUGAAUGUGGGAAAGUUUUAGAUGCGAGGAAGGUGUUCGAUGAAAUGCCCAAGAGAGAUAUUAGUGGAUGGGUUGUCAUGAUUGGGGCUUGUGCUCGAUAUGGGUAUUACCAGGAGUCUUUGGAUAUCUUCAGGGAAAUGAAUAAAGAAGGUUUAAAACUUGAUGUUUUCAUUGUUCCUAGUCUUCUUAAAGCCAGUCGCAAUCUGCUUGAUCGAGAAUUUGGGAAGAUGAUACAUUGUCUUGUGCUGAAGUGUUCGUUUGAGUCUGAUGCUUUUAUAGUUAGCUCGCUUAUUGAUAUGUACUCGAAGUUCGGGGAGGUAGUGAAUGCGAGGAAGGUGUUCGAUGAUUUGGGUGAACAAGAUUUGGUCGUGUUCAAUGCUAUGAUCUCUGGUUAUGCUAACAAUAGCCAAGCAGAUGAAGCAUUGAACUUGGUGAAAGAUAUGAAACUACUGGGAAUAAAACCUGAUAUUAUCACUUGGAAUGCUCUAAUUUCAGGGUUCUCGCAUAUGGGAAAUGAAGAAAAAGUAUCUGAGAUUCUUGAGUUGAUGUGUUUGGAUGGUUACAUGCCCGACGUUGUGUCUUGGACUUCUAUUAUAUCAGGCCUUGUACAUAAUUUUCAGAAUGAGAAAGCUUUUGAUGCUUUUAAACAGAUGUUAACUCAUGGGUUGUAUCCAAACUCAGCUACAAUCACAACUCUUUUGCCUGCUUGUACGACACUUGCAAAUAUGAAGCACGGGAAGGAGAUACACGGUUACUCUGUAGUCACUGGACUAGAAGAUCACGGUUUUGUUAGAAGUGCUUUGCUUGAUAUGUAUGGGAAAUGUGGAUUCAUAUCAGAAGCAAUGAUCUUGUUUCGCAAGACGCCAAAGAAGACAACAGUUACUUUCAACUCGAUGAUCUUCUGUUACGCAAAUCACGGGCUCUCAGACAAAGCAGUUGAGCUAUUUGAUCAGAUGGAAGCCACAGGAGAGAAACUCGAUCACUUAACAUUCACAGCCAUCCUCACAGCCUGCAGCCAUGCCGGGUUAACUGAUCUUGGACAAAAUUUGUUCCAUUUGAUGCAAACCAAGUACAGAAUCGAGCCGAGAUUGGAGCAUUAUGCUUGUAUGGUGGAUCUUCUCGGACGAGCAGGGAAGCUUGUUGAGGCCUAUGAAAUGAUGAAGACUAUGCGAAUGGAGCCGGAUUUGUUUGUGUGGGGUGCUUUGUUAGGUGCGUGUAGGAAUCACGGGAACAUGGAGCUUGCAAGGAUUGCAGCAAAGCGCUUAGCAGAGCUCGAACCUGAGAACUCAGGGAAUGGUUUGCUUCUGACAAGUUUAUAUGCCGAUGUUGGUAGUUGGGAAAAUGUUAUAAGAAUGAAGAAGAUGAUAAAGAAGAAGAGGUUUAGAAGGUUUCUAGGCAGCAGCUGGGUAGAAACUGUUUGAUACUAAGAUUCAUUCUGGUUUAGAUUCCGAUGGUUCUGGUGUGAACUUAAAGCCUGAAAAUUGGAGGACUUUUUAUGACAUUGUCUUCUGUGGUAGACUUGGUCUUCACUGUUACAAUUUUCAGAAUGGUACAGACUACAAUUUUGAGUU